CCAGCCAUUACCAGCCCCGGCCUCCAAACCCUUAUCCACCAACAGCCCCUGUCCCCCCGUGUCAUCACGCGACAAUCGCCGUUGUCCCAGCAAGCCAAGAGAUAACGCUCACGAGAACCCCUCAAUCGCCUCUUCCGGUCCCAAAAGGAAGGAUUUCCUGAAUGAAAAGAAAACCUCAAUUUCCCCCCGGAAACGCGGAAAAAAAAUCCCAACUCGUAUAUUUUAAUAUUAACGACAACCACUGCGAGUAAAUUAACACACGAGUUCACAAGUGGUAUUCUCCAUACGAUAACAGCGGUGCUGAAAUAGGAGGGGACAUGUGCUAGGAAUUCAAACGAAUUCAGGCAUUAUCUGUACACCAGCGCAACUGUGCACAAUGCCAGGUGAAAUCCGACGAAUAUUGCUGGUGUUGUUGAUCGGAAUACUGUCAGUAUCGUCAAAAUCGGAUGACGGAGUUGUGACGGUGCCGUCUAUCGACAUUCCGAGCGAUGGGAAGGGAAUAGUGCCAGCUGGUGAUGGCACGCCUGGGAACACCUCCAUGGUGGUGCCUCCGGGUGCGUCGGCGAUAUCCGGAGCCCUUGGCUUGUUGUAUCGUCUCACAAUCCACCCGGUGAUCGUGUUCCUGCGCCUGUUCCUGGACCCGAUUUUCUCGCUGCUGCGAGGAGUGCUGAGUCCAGUAUUGGCGAUAGUUAAUUAUGCUCUGGGGGCGGUGGGUCUCCCUGGGCUGGGGCCUCUCCUCAACGAACUCUCGAUCGGCCUCCAGGGGUACCUGGGGCGGCUUCUGGGACAGGUCUCCGGCUUCGUGGGGACCCUCCUGGGGCCGCAGGACAACAUUCAGGCGAACUCGCGCAGCAGGCGAUCGGUGACGAGCUUUCUGAUGAGCCCCAUCACGACACCCAUGGGCUACGCCUGGAGCUUGAUCUCCAUGCCCUGGAGGAUUGCCUCCACCGUCGGCAGAGUCGUCACGACUCCCCUCUACUAUGGGUACAAAGCUCUGUCGUAUCCGGUCUCCGGGGCGAUCACGGUCGGCACCUGGCCCACGCGCCGCAUCCUCCGGAUGCUGGGGUUCGGCGGGAGGAAGGAAGGGGCCGAUGGCGAAAUUGGCGAGGAGGUGGACCCGAUUAAUGACCUCAUGGGGAGCCUCAGUGAGACCGCACAGGACGCCCUCGCUGAGGCUAUGAUCAAGGGGUUCCAGGUCAUGAAGAGCGAUGUUCUCCCGGCCAUCGACUCCGCUUUUGUGAACUAUCAGGACUCGGAUAUGGUGCCUGACUCCGUCAAGGGGUACAUGAAGAACUUUCAUAGGGCUUAUUCGCUCCUUCAUACACUUCGCAUUCUGUAAAUUUUACUGUGUUGGUGGAAUUUUAAUAAAGUUUGUUGAUGAAAUAUGUCAAAUGA